CUCUCUGCGGUCAUGGUAACCGAAGGCUCGCCGGGAACUCGAGUCUUUUCCCCCAAUCUCCCAUUUUCCACAGGUUUCGCGAGAUUUACAUAGACGUGGUCGGUGUGUGGGAACGUUUUCUGCCAGACGAGCUGAACAAUACUGAUAUGAAAUCUGCGUAAAGUAGCCUUUGAAUUUCUGGAGGCAUGUCCAAGAAAAGGGGCAGAAAGCGGAGCAGCGGUGAACUGAGUGACACAGUAAGCCCAGACCCCAACAGCAUUCUGGGAGUCCGUAUUCAACAUAAUUGGCGUGAGAAGGGGAACCAGAGCAAAUGGAAGGGAACGGUGCUGGACAGGCUCAGUGUAAAUCCUUCUCUCUUCAUGGUGAAGUAUGACGGCUUUGACUGCGUCUAUGGCAUCGAGCUGUUCAAGGAUGAGAGAGUGUCCAACCUCCAAGUCCUGUCAGAAAAAGUUGUAAACAACAAAAUCAAGACACCUCCAGGGGCCGAGGAGCUGGUGGGCAAAGCUGUGGAGCAUCUGUUUGAAAAGGAGGAUGGAGAGAAGAACGAGUGGAGAGGCAUGGUCCUCUCCAGGGCUCCAAUCAUGACCAACUGGUAUUAUAUCACUUAUGAAAAGGACCCCGUUCUUUAUAUGUACCAGCUGUGGGACGACUAUGCUGACGGAGAUCUCAGGAUUCUGCCUGAAGCAGAAAACAAGCACCUGUUGCCUGCGGACAGGAAGCCAGGAGAAGAGACGGAGAGUCUGGUGGGGAAACAAGUGGAGUACGUUACUGACAAGGGUGUGAAGAGAACUGGCCUGGUCAUCUACCAGGUCCCAGCCAAGCCCUCUGUCUACUAUAUCAAAUACGAUGAUGACUUUCAUAUCCAUGUCUAUGACCUGGUCAAAACCACCUAGAGAUAGUGGACACUUUUAUCUCACUCUCCAUCCUCCCCCCAUCUGCUUCUGUUCCAGUCAUUGUUACAAUCUGUUAUUCAAAGCCAUGGCAGGGUUGAAUAGUUAAUAUGCUUUAUUGUUCAGAAGGAGGUGCAAUCCUUUUUUGUAUGCACAGCAGAACUGUAGCACCGCUAUGCUUUGCUAUUUCGAGGAGAGGGAGUCAACUUGUUUCAUUGUUGCUGCUCUACUUUAUACUUUAAUGUGGACAGUCCAACAUUGCACUGCCCAACAGCUGCAAAGUGCAGUUGAUACUGUGUUUGCAUUGUUGUCCCUGAGAUACUCACUGAUCUUUCCUUAAAGAAAUGAUCUUAAUUAAAUCCUAGUGUGACUAAAAAAAAAAAAAAAGAUGCUCAAAAUAUAAUUUUAAAGACACUUUUCUUUGAAUUAACUUAAUACAUAAUAAGCUUGGUAUACACAUUUUCUUCUGCAUAGAUGCCUUCAAGAAAGACAUUAAUAAAUGUAAUGGGCAGAUAAAUACAUGUACUGUAUUUAUCUAACAAUUAUAUUGAAUCAAUCAGUGUUAGUACUGGAAAGGAUGAAUACAAGCAGCAUUGUAAAAUCACCUUAAUGAGGCCCUUAUAUUUUCAAGUGCAAUUCAGAUGAAUAACUCUCGUGGAAAUAUAGUCCUGCACUUUCGCCAUAUUUAGUAUUGUAGUAACCAUGGCUGUAUGAAUUUUCAAUCGGAAUUUUCGUGCUCGGCAUUUCUUCUUUUAGCCCUAAAGGAAGGUUUAGGGCUAAAAGGCACAGGCUCUAAAUAGUUAAACAGCACAAGGAACAUCAGAUUCUUUGUACUGGUAAUUCUGCUAAAUUCCUAUUUGAAUUUGAUCCCAUACAAAUCAUCAAGUGCCUUCCGGCUUGUCAUUUUGCAAUACUGUACAUACUGUAUCUCUGACUAUCUAUGCUCUUAAUGAAUCUUCGAGUAUGAAGGCUGCUACUAGGUGUUCAUUUGGAAGUGGCAACACUGACAGCUUGAGAAAAGUUUUGCAACCAUCAGUUUAUAUUAGUGCUGUGUUUUGCUCUUAAUGCAGUAUGAAAAUGUUCUUUAAAUAUAACACAUCAUCAUUGGUUGUAUAAUCUCACCGUUGAUAUUGUGGGGAGCACUUUAAUUGUACAAAGUUUACAUGUUUAGGUUAUGGUAUGCUAUAUAGUUUCCCCAAAAUGCUUUUUUCCUUUAGAGAAAAUGUGGCAGAAUUAUGCUUUAUAUCACACGGAUAAAGGAAAAAAGGAAAAGAAAAAAAAAAAACUAUUUGCAAUACAUUCAAAUGACAGUAUUUAACCUGUACAACUUGUGUAAAAAGCCUUGUAACGUUGUCUGUUGUGAUUACUCACAAUAUGAAUAUCUCAUCAAAACACCACCAGCUUUUAGUGAAAGGGUCAUUAAUAUACAAACUAUAAACUGAAUAUUUAACAGGUAUAAUCAACUGACAAACCAUGUUGUCCACAGUAACUAACUCUGGUUCUAGUCUGUUAUAACUGUCUCUUAGCCUUGCAAACAUGACAUGUGUGCUUGCAGUAUGGAUUUCAUCCUAACUUUGUCACCAUAUACUAGCUACUGAAUUGGUCUUGCCCUUUUCAGCCUUCUCCAAGUCAUUCAGCAUAUCCCCCAGUAAACUAGUCAAUCAGUAGGUGUACUGUUACUGUUAUUUUUAGCCCUCAAAACUCUGCAUGCAUCAUUGGAACAGAGUGCCUGGAGAUUUUCAAACCUUAUUUUGACUGAGGAGAAGUGACAAUGUGUGGCAGAAUCAGGACCCUUUGUUUUACCCACAUUAAAAUACAAAACGAUCUCAAAAAUAAGUUAACACUGUACAUCGCCCCUACUGGUGCUGUGGAGUGUUUCUGUAUUGUGUAGAGUGGAAUUACAAAUGACUGUGUGUGCUCUUUUUCAUGCUUUCAAUUACCUCCUCCUGUUCUAAAGUUGUAGCACCAUCAACAGGCAGUUUGUGUCAUUAUUAUUCUGUCAUGAGUAAUAAAGAUUUUUGCACAUUUA